AUGUCGGAACCAACAAACGAACCUUUUGAGCAAGAACCACAAACCAACGACAAUAUUGUUGUCGAAGACUUACCACAACAACAUCAUGUAGACUCUGCAGAGGUUAAUAUGACAACAGCACCAAUCGAAGACAUUAACAAAACUGAAAGCAAUGUAGCUGAUGAUGACAAUAACGCUCAUCAAGCCAAUUUGGAUGCAACUCCAACAAGCACCGAAAAUACUCUUGAAUCAUCAUCAUCAACCGAGCAACAAGCAAAUGAAGAACAACCUCAAGUUAAUAACACUACUACAGAAAAUGAGCAAACACAAGCUUCAACAAUUCCUGAAGAAGUAACGACAACCAUUCCUUCCUCACAGAUUGCGGAACCACAAGAAAAAGGAGAGAAAGAUGCAAGCAUUCCAGAUGAAGGCCGUAUUGAUGCUCUUUUAGAAUCGGUUCUUGGUGAUACUUUUGAAAAAAUUAUUGCCUCCACCUCUGAGAAAAAGGAAGGUGAAGAGGAAGAAGAAAUUGAAGAAUUACAAACAGCAGGAUCACUCGCAAACAAACAGGGAGGAGCAACGGCUGCAAUUCAUCUCGAUGACGAAGAUGAAGAAGAAGAAGGUGAACCAUCUGAAGCAGAUUUGAUUAAUAUUUUGAAACAACUCAGUGGCAAUGCUCAUCAUGACGAAGAAGGUGAGCAUCACCAUCAUCCUCUUAAUGGUCAGACAGCAACUGUCGAUGACGAUGAUGACUUUGAAGAUAUGAAUGAAGAAGAAGAGGCCACAGCCAUAAAAAUGGGAGAAAACUUGACAAGCAUGUUUGGAAAAGCUCGUACAACUUCCGAUCAUCACCAUUCAGGAUCUUCUGAACCAGGAGUUGGUUGGACUGUGGCUGAAUAUGCCUUGACAGCUGCUGCAGUUUUAGGAAUUGGAUACUUUUUGAAUAAGGUCGUUGAUUAA